UCUCCAUUUGUAAAUGCUUCUCGCUCUCCCUUGUCCAGUCGUAGAUGCCUCUCUCUCUCUCCUCGUCACUUCGUACGUACUUGCUUCUCUCUCUCUCAAAGUCCGAUAGACGUAAAAAUCAUUUCUAGAAGCAUGUUUUCCUUUGAGAGAUUACAAGGUGGGUUUCAGUGGAUUUGUGAGGGGGGAUUUGAUUUGGCUUCUUCAUGCAUUCACAGAAAUGCAAUUAAUGUUUUGAAUCUUCUCUUCAUCUUUGCUUUAUUUGUUCUUUUCCUAGUGACUUCUAUUAGGAGAUACAAUGUUAAUGGAAACAGAACAAGGGAUUGGGUUUUUUGGGUUGUUUCAGCUUGUAGUUUUGUUACUGGCAUAGCGUAUUUUGGUUCUGGUUUAUGGGGUCUUUUGAAGAGAAAUGACGGUUUUAUACCAUGGAAUUCUGUGAGUUACCUCAUCAAUGGGUUUGUUUGGACAGUCUUGGCGGUUUCCUUAUAUGUACAGAGGACUAAGUUGGAGAGAAUUUUGACUUUGGUUUGGUGGGUGGUUUUCUCUCUUCUGGUUACUGCCCUGAAUUUGGAAAUUCUAUUGAAAAAACAUAGUCUAAAGAUCCUCGACAUUGUAUCAUGGCUUGUGAACUUGUCACUCCUCUUCUGUGCUUUCCGACUCUUCAGAGUUCUGGCUUCACAGAACACACAAAACCACACCUUAUCCCAACCCUUGCUAAUCGACGAAGACAAAAACAAAAUGGGAUCAGAGAAAAUGUGUUUCGUUACCCGUUUGGUGUUUUCUUGGAUAAACCCUUUACUCCGUUUGGGCUACUCGAAGCCAUUGACCUUUGAUGAUGUCCCACCUUUAGAAUGGGAAGAUGAAGCACGUUUGGCGUACCAGGAAUUUGCUCGAGAAUGGGAACAUCAAAGAAAGCAAAGCUCGAAUGCUACUAAUUUAGUUCUUCGAGUGUUAGCUAAGUGUUACAUGAGAGAAAUGAUAGUGGUUGGGUUCCUUGCAUUGCUUAGAACUCUCGCCGUCGUAGCUGCCCCGCUGUUAUUAUAUGCGUUUGUGCGGUAUUCUGCCAAUGAAGAUGGGAAACUCUAUGAGGGCCUUUUACUAGUAGGAUGUCUGGUCAUAAUCAAAAUUGUGGAGUCCUUCUCACAACGGCACUGGUUUUUUGCUGCAAGGAGGUAUGGUAUGCGGAUGCGAUCAGCCCUAAUGGUUGCCGUCAUUCAGAAGGUCCUUAAGCUUUCUAGUUUGGGUAGGAGAACUCAUUCAACUGGCGAGGUUGUGAAUUACAUUGCCGUCGACGCGUACCGUCUAGGAGAGUUCCCAUGGUGGUUUCACACAGCAUGGACCCUACCAUUGCAGCUGGUUCUCGCCAUCGGCGUGCUGUUUGGGACUGUUGGAUUGGGGGCGCUUCCCGGCUUGGUCCUUCUCAUCUGCUGUGUACUUAUAAAUGUCCCAUUUGCGAAGAUUUUACAGGAUUGCCGUUCGCGAUUCAUGCGGGCCCAAGAUGAACGACUUAGAGCGACUUCCGAAGUCCUGAACAAUAUGAAGAUCAUCAAAUUACAUUUUUGGGAAGAAAAAUUCAAGAACAAGAUCGAAACUCUCCGCGAUGUUGAAUUUAAAUUUUUGGCGGAGUCACAAAUCAAGAAGUCAUAUGGGACCGUAUUGUACUGGAUGUCUCCCAUCUUCGUUUCAUCGGUGGUCUUCGCAGGCUGUGCGGUUCUGAAAAGUGCACCUUUAAAUGCCAGUACAUUUUUCACAGUCCUUGCGACGAUGCGGGUGAUGUCGGAACCUGGGAAAAUACUGCCUGAAGCUCUGUCAGUGAUGAUCCAGGUUAAGGUCUCGUUGGACCGUCUUGAUGCAUUUUUGCUGGAUGAUGAGCUCAAAGAAGAUGAUGUGAAGAGGUUACCAUUACAGAAUUCGAAUUCCAGUGUUAGAAUACACAAAGGAGUGUUUGGAUGGAAUCCAGAUGCAGCUGUUCCAACAUUGAAAUUUGUAUGUUUGGAAAUAAGCAGAGGGCAAAAAAUAGCGAUUUGCGGUCCGGUUGGUUCUGGAAAAUCGUCACUCCUAUAUGCAUUGCUGGGUGAAAUACCCAAAAUCUCUGGAUCUGUUGAAGUCUUCGGGUCGAUUGCCUAUGUCUCCCAAACAGCUUGGAUCCAAAGUGGGACAGUUCGUGAUAAUAUACUCUACGGAAAGCAGAUGGAUGAAAACAGAUACAAGGAGGCGAUAAGAGUAUGUGCUCUGGAUAAGGACGUCGAUAGUUUUGACCAUGGUGACCUUACGGAGAUUGGACAGAGAGGGCUUAACUUGAGUGGAGGACAGAAGCAAAGGCUUCAACUUGCAAGAGCCGUCUAUAAUGAUGCAGAUAUUUAUCUCCUUGAUGAUCCUUUUAGUGCAGUCGAUGCACAAACCGCGGGGAUCCUUUUCAAUGAUUGUGUCAUGGCUGCUCUACAACAGAAAACUGUUAUUCUAGUGACUCAUCAAGUUGAAUUCCUUGCAGAAGUUGAUAAGAUUCUGGUUAUGGAAGCUGGACACAUAACUCAAUCGGGAAGUUAUGCCGAACUUUUGAAAGCCGGGACAGCAUUCAAACAGCUUGUGACUGCUCAUCAUGAUGCGAUGACAGCAUUUGAUAAUGUGAGCAAGGAACGAAAGGGCAAAGCCCAAAAGACAGAUGGGGAUCAAUUGGAGUUAGGUGGACCACAGCCCUGGAAUGAAAACAGUCAAGGGGAGAUUUCAGUCAAGGGUCUGUCUGCCCAGCUAACAGAAGAAGAAGAGAAGGAGACUGGAAAUGUUGGGUGGAAGCCAUACAUCGAUUACAUCCGCGUUUCCCGUGGAUCUCUUCUGUUUGCUUCAGUUAUAUUCUCUCAAUCUGCUUUUGUCAUUCUUCAAGCUGCAUCAACCUAUUGGCUGGCAAUAGCAUCUCAAAUUCCGCACAUUGGCGCAGCCAUUCUAAUUGGAGUUUAUACUGGAAUUUCGACAUUUAGUGGCGUCUUUGCGUAUCUAAGGGUCUGGUUUGCCACCCAUCUUGGACUCAAGGCUUCAAAAGCUUUCUUUUCGGGUUUAAUGGAUUCGGUGUUCAAAGCUCCAAUGCUAUUCUUUGAUUCAACUCCUGUAGGGAGGAUUUUAACCAGGGCAUCUUCAGAUUUGAGCGUGGUGGAUUUUGACAUACCUUACUCCAUCGCUUUCGUAGCAACUGGUGCACUUGAUGUGAUAUCAAUCAUAUUGAUUAUGGCCACAGUGACAUGGGAGGUUCUAAUUGUGGCCAUUCCCAUCACUUUCAUCGCAAGAUAUGUUCAGGAGUACUAUCUAGCCUCUGCAAGGGAGCUAAUACGGAUUAAUGGGAUGACCAAAGCGCCUGUCAUGAACUAUGCAGCAGAGACAUCACUUGGUGUGGUUACAAUAAGAGCUUUCAAUAUGACGUCCAGGUUCUUCGAGAACAGCUUGAGACUAGUUGAUUCCGAUGCGACACUUUUCUUUCAUAUGAAUGCAGCCAUGGAAUGGGUAAUUUUACGAGUAGAGGCCCUCCAAAAUCUGACCAUAUUCACUGCCGCUCUUCUCCUUGUUUUGCUUCCUCGAGGCACAAUAGCACCGGCAUUCGUGGGGCUCUCUCUUUCCUACUCUCUGACGCUGACAUUCUCCCAAGUGUUUCUAACACGAUGGCACUGCAGCUUAGCCAACUUUAUUGUAUCAGUCGAACGGAUAAAACAGUACAUGCAUAUUCCAUCAGAGCCUCCGGCUAUCGUAGAUGACAUGAGACCACCCCAUUCAUGGCCCUUUAAAGGAAGAAUAGAUUUGCAGGACCUAAAAAUAAGAUAUCGUCCAAAUUCUCCUCUUGUGCUCAAGGGAAUCACAUGCACUUUUCAAGCAGGAAGCAGGGUGGGGGUAGUUGGGAGAACUGGAAGUGGAAAGACAACCCUGAUAAGUGCUUUGUUCCGUCUUGUAGAACCUGUGAGCGGGAGAAUUCUUAUUGAUGAGCUUGACAUUUGCUCAAUGGGUCUGAAGGAUUUAAGAGUAAAGCUUAGUAUAAUUCCUCAAGAGCCGGCACUUUUCCGGGGAAGUGUUCGCAGUAACUUAGACCCAUUAGGCCUUUACUCGGACCAUGAAAUAUGGGAGGCCUUAGAGAAGUGCCAAUUAGCAACAACAAUACGUAGUCUCCCCAACCAUCUCGAUUCUUCUGUGAGCGACGAAGGUGAGAAUUGGAGUGCUGGGCAGCGCCAGCUUUUUUGCCUCGGUCGUGUCCUUCUCAAGAGAAACAGAAUCCUAGUUUUAGAUGAAGUGACCGCAUCCAUUGACUCUGCUACAGAUGCUGUCCUUCAGAGAGUUAUCAGACGGGAAUUCUCAAGCUGCACAGUACUAACAGUAGCUCACAGAGUUCCUACGGUGACAGACAGCGACAUGGUCAUGGUUCUUUCCUAUGGGAAUCUUGUUGAAUAUGAUAAGCCAUCGAAGCUUAUGGAAACCGACUCAUCCUUUUCAAGACUUGUGGCUGAAUACUGGUCCAACUGCAGGAGGAAUUCCAUACAGAAACCCAGGUACCUCCAGGAAUAGGAGUGCAGAGGAAGGCAUGCAGAUUCCUUCCUAAGUAUAUGGAGUAUUAUCUUAUUCUUUUACAGAAGAUUCAAGAAGUCAAUCUCAAAUAGCUGAGACAAGCCUAGGAAGACGACAAUGACACCAAUAAUAGAAGAUUUGGCCCAUGGGAAUGAUGGGAUUGCAUUUGAAGUGUGGGAUAGAAACAACCACAAUAAUUAUUCCCUCUCUACCAAUGGCCAUAGAUACAAAUGGAAGCCCUUUGUAUAUGUUGAAUAUUCUCAUAACCGUGAAAGGUUCUGUAGCCCUUAAAAGUUAUUUAUUACCGGUAAUUUAUUGCA